GACAGAAGCGUGGAAUAUGACAGACUGUAAACUUGCGUGGUAUAUAUUUUCUUACAAUGCCACCUAAAAAAGAUGCAAAAGGAGGAGCAAAAGCUGCUCCAGCCAAAGGUGGAGCAGGUGGAAAGAAAGGUGGUGCCGGAGAUGAAGCUGGCGGCAAGGAGAAGAAAGGAGGAAACGCUGUAAAAGUUCGUCACAUUUUGUGUGAGAAGCAAGGCAAGAUCCUAGAAGCUCUGGAGAAACUGAAAGAAGGACAAAGCUUCAAUGUGGUGGCCACUAACUACAGUGAGGACAAAGCUCGACAAGGUGGCGAUUUGGGAUGGCAAAUCCGAGGAGCAAUGGUCGGACCAUUCCAGGAUGCAGCUUUUGCGUUACCAAUUUCGACAAUAAAUGCCCCGAAAUACACAGACCCGCCAAUCAAAACCAAAUUUGGUUAUCACAUCAUUAUGGUUGAAGGGAAGAAAUAAACUGUAAGCUUAUUUUUGAGAAUCAUGUUCAAUCUUAACUUUAAUAAAUAUGAAUAAAUGAACACAUUUACAAAAUUAA